AUGAGGCGCUGCAAAAGGUAUCGAAUCCCCUUCUCUCACACCCAGUCGCCACAAGAAGAGUUACUCACACAACCACAGCUGGUGAGGGAGAUCGAGACACAAGCGAUUCAGGCACAGCAGCAGAUUAGUCUCGUCCGAACACAGCUGGGCUCCAAGCAGCGGGAGAUGCGCCUGGCACAGCUGACCAAGAGCGAGUUGUCGUCUCUACCCCCUGAGACGCCAAUCUACGAGGGUGUCGGUAAGAUGUUUGUGUCGGUACCUGCGCCGGCCAUGAAAGACAAGCUGGAUUCACAGAUGAAGGAGAUUGAGACGGACGUGGAAGGUCUCGGGAAGAAGCUGCACUACCUGGAGACGACGGCAAAGAACAGCCAGAACCACAUCGAGGCCAUGCUUAGGCGCGGCGGUGAUGCCAGCUGA